UCACUCAUUUCUUUUCGCCUUUUGACAAGAACCAAGACUCCAACUCUCAACUCUUCUCUCGGCUCUCUCUCAAGGCUCCCUCUCAUUUUCUUAACAAAAAAAAAAAAAAAAAAAAAACAACUCCAGCCCUAACUCUCAUUCUCACCCUCGACCCUCCUCUCUCCCAAUAUUUUCCCAACACACUCGCACACAACAAAAAGGGAGGCAGCAACCGGUUGGAGAAUUGGAGCUUGGGAAUUUGCAUCAAAAACUUCAACCAAGGGAUUGCCCCUACAUUGAGGACAUGGAAGGAGGGAACAAUGGUAAUGAGGAUCCAGCGAGGCCACAUCAAGUUAUCACUUAUCAAGAGGGACCUGGAGGACCUUUCCGGCGUUGGGAACCUGGACAUCGGAUUCGACCCUGUGACUGUUGGAGGACUUACUCGUAUCCUGAUCGAGUGGUCCUAGCCAUAGAUGAUGAGAGGAGGAGGUUAGCUGGAGCCAAUCGUAGGGCUCGGAUUGAGAUUCAGAGGAUGAGAGGCAUCGUGAGGAUGCAGGCUGAUAGGAUUCAGGAGCUCGAGGAGAACAUAUUGAUGGAGCAAGAGAGGACAAAUGCUUAUAGAGAGCAGCUGCAGGCAGUUAAUGGCCGCCUCACUAGGAUGGUUAGAGAGGUCAAUGACCGAGCUGGGAGUAUUAUCGAUGAGUGUGAAGCGCUACUCCAUGAGGUGAUCGAUACUAAUGUACCUGUGGGAGGCCAGGGCGAUGGAGCCCGUAGAGAGGGAGAUGCAGCUAGUUCUGCUCAUGAGAACGAGUCUACUGGCUCUGUUGUGGACUAGGAUAGUGCACAUCGAAAGUCCUUCCUUUUUAUGUAUAGGGGAUAGUUGAUAGAUGGGGCUUCUUUUGAGAUUUUAUGUUUUUGAUGAAACUUGGGAUGUUGUAUUUUGUGUAUUCUGACCCAUCUUCCCUAAUUUGGAAAAUCUUAUGAACUCUUUUGGUCGGAUGUACAUGUCUAUGACUUGU